GCCUCUUUUGCGUCAGCAAAUGUCGCUCUUCUCGCGCCGAAAAACCCCAGAUCAACUGGUGAAGCUGCUGAAAGAUGCCAUCGCAGACCCGUUGGCGCCUGCGAAGCCGUCAAAGGAUGGGACGUCUGUGGAAGAGAUUACCAAGCGCUUGAGUGAGAUAAAGCUGCUUCUGUACGGGGAUGGAGAGCAGGAGGCCAAGCCAGAGAAGUGCGCACAGCUGGCGGAGCUGUUGAUCGCCAGUGGUCUUGUCCCCAAGCUCAUCACGAGGCUGGACAAGCUUCCAUUCGAGGCCCGCAAACAGUUCGCGCAGGUGUAUAAUAAUCUGAUGCGACGCGACCUAUCGGGCUUUGUGAGCUACGUGGAGCGCAAGCCUGAGAUCCUGUCUGCCCUUGUGGCGGGCUACGAGAACUCCGAGGUGGCGCUCAACUGCGGUACUAUGCUGCGUGAGUCGAUUCGUCACGAGAUUCUGGCCGGCAAGAUCCUGUACUCGCCCGACCUGUGGAAGUUCUUUGAUGAGUAUGUUCAUCUGCCUAACUUCGAGGUCGGUUCGGACGCAUUCGCUACGUUCAAAGAUCUGUUCACGCGCCACAAAACACUGGCUGCUACGUUUUUAACGUCAAACUUUGAGGUGGUCUUCGCGAAGUACAAUUGUCUGCUCAUGUCCGAGAACUACGUCACUCGGCGGCAAUCGCUCAAGCUGCUCGGUGAGAUCUUGCUUGAUCGAUCCAAUUUCGACAUCAUGAUGAAGUACAUCGGUGAGAAGGAGAACCUGAAAAUGAUGAUGAACCUGCUGCGUGAUACAAGCGCCAAUAUCCAGUUCGAGGCCUUUCACGUGUUCAAGGUGUUCGUGGCCAACCCGAAGAAGCCCGAAGUGAUUUCCCUAAUCCUUGUGAACAACCGUGAGAAGCUUAUUGCGUAUCUAAAGAACUUUCAGAACAGCAAAGAGGACCCGCAGUUUACUGAGGAGAAAGCGUUGCUGAUUAGGACGCUUGAGGGACUGAAGGUGGGCGAAGCUGCCUCCGAGGCGGCAAACCCACCUCCUUCCCCGUCAUCACACGAGAGCAGUAUGGAAGUCACUAGCGCGGGCUGCUGCGCGUCAAAUGCAGCCGGUGCUGGAGGCUUGGGGAGCCCGCGAAGCGACCGCUUCGAGCCUCAGUGUAUCGUGUGUAGCGAUGAGGAGUGGAUAGAUUCAACUGAGGAGUCGUCGGCCACUUCCAGCACAGUACACACGGAUUCGAGCGACUCCACAUCGCAAACAACACAGGCACCACCCCUUCAGCGCACUCAAUUUGAUUCUUGGGAAGACCUGGAGGGCUACCUUCAACAGUAUUCAAGGGAAACGUAUCAGAGUCUGGACGAAGAACAAAGUCGAGAUUUGUGCUUGCGUGCAAGUAGUCGAUACUACGCUUCGGACUUUGACAUGGCGCGCACAUUCAGCGUCCGACCGACAUGA